AGUACAGUCCUCGACAUGUGGAAGGCAAGUUUCUCAUUACGGAAAAUCUAUAUUGGCAAACCAAACGCUAAAGAAAAUUUAAUAGAAGCUAACCUGUGGCGAUUUCUUCUAUCGGAAUACGGUUAUCAGUUGAUUGAUAUUGAUUAUCAAUUUCUCAAAUCGAAUCGAGCUACGGAAAAGUGGGAUCAUCUACUAGCGGUGGCAGGAAAAUAUAUCCGGGAAAGGUCUAUUGAUGACUCAUCCUGUAAAUUAGUAGAUAUCUUUAGCAAUAGUACUGAGGCAAAGGAUUUACGAAUUUGUGCUCUAUUGCUCUCACUAAACUGCGUACUUCAUCCACAAAAGGUUACGGUAUCCUACAAACCAACGGUACUGAAUGGACAAAACGAUACUGUUUUGUUUGCAAAUUCUGAUGACGAAGCUAAAGUCAAACUUGCUGCUGUUUAUACACAAUAUCAGAGUUAUCGGAUUCCACUAACUCCAAAACUGAUAUUUUUCGGAACUCAAGCAUCGUUAACUGGAGUGUUCAGAGUAUACUACGGAGAUUUAUUCUACACUUUGCCGUCAGCUUCUCGUGCCAUCGAUGUGUACAUAAAAUUAUGUGAGGUACUGGCACUGAAGCAUUCAAAAAUCAGUAAACUGAUUUGGCUUUUCGUUCAACACUACAUUUAUGAUUUGGAUAUUCCUGAACGUUACGCGAGUAUCGAUAGACUUGUGCAGUUUUUAAAUCAACCUGCGUUAAGCAACUUGGAACAAGAUGAUGAUUGAAUGUUUCAUAGAACAUUGUGCAGUAAAAUUCAAAUCGUCCAACGAAUAUCUUUAUCACCUAAAUGAGUAUCACCAAGUGCCUCGAAAUUACAGAUUUAUUUGCACGUAUCCGUCAUGUAUUUCUAUAUUUAGUAAAUUUUAUAGAUUUAAAGAUCAUUUAAAUAGACAUAAAUUCCAUAUGUCAGAAAGCAAAACCGUACACGAUAAUCAAAUUUUAGAGAGUGUUCACAAUAGCUGCAUCGAUCAAAUCACUAAAAGCCCACCCUCUGACAGUGUUGAAAAUUCACAGACAGCGAACAGUUUGGAAAAUAUUUUAGCCUGCAUAAAUACAGAGACAGUGAAGUUUUCAUUAAAUUUAUAUCAUAAAAGCAAUUUGACUAGAAGUGAUGUGAAAAUGAUUCAGUCAGGAUCACAACAAGUGUUCUAUAAAAUAGCUGAAGAAUUCAAUAAAUUGCCUAUUUCUAUAAGCGACCCAGGCACAGAAUAUAAGUUCAAAACUUUAAUGAAUAAGCUAAAAACAACGUUUGAAUUUAUCGAUACAGAUUUUAAAUUUUUUAACUAUUUGCAAAAAAAUAACUUAUAUAGUCCACCAACUGUAAUUACAAUUCAGAGCAAUAAAAUAACCGAGCAUUCAGUUGUAUCUUCUGAAAAUCUAUUAACUAACGAAUACAGCAAACAUCAUAUUGUUUUAUUUGACAUACAAUUUCAAAUAAAGUCGUUUUUUGAAAAACCGGGCAUAUUUAGGAAAAUGAUCAACUAUUUCGAAUGUUUAGAGCAAUCUGAUCGAAUAACAAACUAUAUUCACGGUACCACAUGGAAGAAGAUUAAAUCAAAAUAUCCUGCUCAAUAUGUCAUUCCUUUAUCAUUAUACGCAGAUGAAUUUGAAAUUAAUGACAACCUAUCCUCUCACAGUAAAAAAGAUGUCAUUUGUGGCAUUUAUUAUAACUUUUUAGUAAUUCCUGAAAUAUUUUCAUCUAGAUUAUGUAAUAUUUUUGUAGCUGGAAUAAUUAAAAAGGCAGCUAUUAGCGAAUUUGGAAUGAAUGAAAUGCUCAAGGAAAUAAUAGAAAAAUUCAAAAGCAUGGAGGAAAACGGUAUUGAAAUUAAUGUAAACAACACUAAAACAUUGGUAAGAUUUCCUCUGGUAUUAGUUCAGGGCGACAAUUUGGGCGUUCACACUAUGCUCAUGCUAUCUGGAGGUUUCAACGCAAAAUUUUAUAGUAGGUUUUGCAAAAGACCUAAAGAAAUGUUGCAAAAAGAUGAUCGAGAAUACUCAGACAGUCUGCGCGACGAAGAAAAUUAUUUAAGAGAUAUUAACUACGGAACCCAAAAAAAUACUGGCUUGAGAGGAAACACUUUGUUCAAUGAGCUACCAUCUUUUAAAGUAACUAAUAAUAAGUCGGUAGACGCUAUGCAUGAUAUAUUUAGCAAUGGCAUAUGCAAUAAUGGUUUUACGAAUGUUUUAAAUUAUUUAAUAUAUGGCAAAAGAUACUUAUCCUUGGAAUACUUUAACAGUCGUAGAAGAAUUAUAAGUAAGCAUGCUUUAGAUGAAUCACUGUCAAGAAUGCCAGAUAUCGAAGAAUGUUUAAUAAACAAAUCAAAAACUGUUAAAUUACACAUGACAGCAUCUGAAAUGAGAUCGUUUUGUUAUUAUUUCACAUUGAUUGUUGGGCAAUUUGUACCAGUAAAUGUCAUUCCUGUAUGGAAUUAUGUAAAGCUUUUAGUAAAUUUGAUUGAUUUUAUUUUAAUGCCUUCUUUUUCACUCUUAGACUUAGAGCAAUUGAAAAUUAUGACUUCAGAUCACCACAAAAUGUUUUUAAAUUUAUUUGACAAUCAGCUUUUGAAACCAAAGCAUCACCAUAUUGUUCAUUAUGCAAAUACAAUACAAAGUAGUGGGCCUAUAUGUAAUUUGAUGUGCUUCCGAUUUGAAGCUAAGCAUAAAAUGUUCAAACAACAUGCCCACAUAAUGUCAUCACGGAAAAAUAUAUGUUAUACGCUUGGAAUUAAAGCUUCUCUUGAAUUUAGUGAUAAUCUGUUAAACAACAUCUUUUUUCAAAUUGAAUCAUUGAAUGGUUUUAGAAAAGAAGACAUUACUGAUAAAUCUUAUUAUACAAAAAUAGUUUGCUCAGAUUUAAAAAAAUUCCCUCACGAUAUUUUAUUCUCACGUAAUUGUCAAAUCAAUAGAAUCACGUACAAAAACGGUUAUUUUAUAUCUGUCACGCAAAAUGGAAUAACAGAAUUGUUUGAGAUCGAGGAAAUUCUUGUAACAUUCGAAGAAAAUUAUUUUAUGGUAGGAAAGUUAUGGGAAUGUGGACCAUACAGUGAUCAUUUUUUGGCCCACGAAGUUAUAAAAUGUUCAGAACUUUUUAAAAUUAUUGAAUUAAACGAUAUUGAUGGCCCACCUAUUAUGAUACACUCAAUUGCCGACCGUUUGUAUUACCGAAGGAAAGUUGAUUUUAUGA